AUGGCGGGCAUGGAGAACAUCGAAGUGCAUAGCAAGAGCUACUUGGUGCGCUGGGUAAACGUCUCUGCCGGUCAUUCGAUAUCUUGGAGCCUUCAGCCCCAUAAGAAGUCGGUGAAUUUUGGCAUCUUCAAGCACCCAGGAGCGGGCACCGUACCCACCCCAUCUCUGACGUCCUCCGCCACCUUCGACAGCCAGGCACCGGGCCUCGAAGUACCAGCACCCACACGGGGUCGCGGCCUGUCAACGUCGAGGAACGAGAAGACAUUCGUGCUAGAGAAGUUGUCGGCUAUAGGGCUGAAGCAGGUACACUGGCAGGGGAAAUGCGAGGCGGAUCAAGUGUCCAUGGGGACUUAUGAUGUCCCGCAGGGCGAGGGCGGCAUGUACGGCCUCGUCUUUGACAACACCUUUUCCAAAACGGUGUCGAAGACGGCCACUUUUGUGCUCAUGACGUACCCCACGAAUGCGGCACCAAAGUCAGGCCACCACAUGCACUACGCCCAAGCACUAGCGGGACAGAGCACGACGAGCCUCACCAGAUCGAGUCCCUCCAUGGGGCCCCUCGACUCUUCCGAAUCAUUGGCUCAAACUUUGGCAGAACGACCGAAAUCUGUGUCUAGACCACAUGGAGCCAGCCUCUCCAGCAACUCCUUUCUUACGGGUGUACUGCAGAAAAAGAGGAGGAAGAGGAACCAAGGAUAUGCGAGGCGCUUUUUCUCGCUCGAUUUUACAUCCUCUACGCUAUCUUAUUAUCGGAAUGAUCGCUCAUCAGCCUUGCGGGGAGCGGUUCCUCUAUCACUAGCAGCAAUUGGCGCCAACGAGGACACGAGGGAAAUCUCCGUCGAUUCUGGAGCUGAAAUCUGGCAGCUCAGAGCCAACAACGCAAAAGACUUUGACAUGUGGAAGGAUGCGCUCGAUCGCGCGUCGCGGACUGCUGGGGCAAUGGCUUCACCGACAGUGCAAAUCAAAGAUAGUCCCUAUCAAAACAUCGCCCAUGUGGUGAACGCAGCCGAAGACAACGAGUGGGCGAGGGUCGAGGCGUUGCUGGGAAGGGUUUCUGGAACAAGGGAUGCCGUGCGUAGGCUUGCCCAAGACACCGAUCCCAAGUACAACGCUCCAGCUGGACUUGGAACCAACAGCAGAGUAAACGACAGCUUAUCACCGACCCCGUCAGACAUGGAAGCCACUGAGUACUUUCCUGACAAUGCGGCACCAGAGAAGAAAGCUUUCUGGAAACGUAAAGCGAGUACUUCAGGACCCCAGAGUCCAGCUGGAAUUUUCAAAAGGACUGGUACAAUGCAAAUGGGUGUUGCCUCAUCUGGCACCGUCCCUCCUGUACCGCCCUUGCCGGCAAAUCUUCCCGCAAAUGGUAAUGCUCGUCGGAGCGUUGCGCCUCAAUCGCAGGAGGGGGGCGUGCACGACAACUGCAUGGCUUUGCUCCGCGAUCUCGAUUCGGUGGUGAAGGAAUUCUCUGGCCUGAUAGCGGAAAGCAAGCAGCGACGUAGCGCUGUACCUCCUCCUGCUACUUCUUCCCGCCACAGUAUCGAUUCUCAAGACUCUGGAGACGAGUUCUUCGAUGCUCAUGACGGUGCUGGUAGCAAGUCACAGCUCCUCACUAUCAGACGUGACAGCGAGGAUGCAGAGCGGAAACGCGAGGAAGAGCAGAUCGACGACGACGACGAUGACUCGGACGGCGAGAGCGAAUCGUCCUCCGAGCCCGGCGAGACGGGAGUUGUUGAUCGAGCCCGCAUGUCGAGAGAAGCUACACCCGCGCUCUUCCCUACAAAGCCGACGUCUCUCAGCCCUCUACCAUUGUCUCCUGUUAAGCGCAGGAGCAAUAUUGAGGCCCCAAAGACUCUACCACCAAGUCUGAUCGCCUUCUUCCGAAAGAACGUCGGCAAAGACCUCUCCACUAUCGCUAUGCCUGUGUCCGCCAACGAGCCCACGUCCGCCCUCCAGCGCAUCGCCGAGCAACUCGAAUACAGCGAACUCCUCGACGCAGCAGCAACCGCUGCCCCCGAAACCGGUGAACGCCUCGUCUACAUGGCCGCCUUCGCCAUCUCGUACUUCAGCAACACGCGCGUAAAAGACCGCGCAAUCCGCAAGCCCUUCAACCCCAUGCUCGGCGAGACAUUCGAGCUCGUCCGCGAAGACAAAGGCUUCCGCUUCAUUGCCGAGAAAGUCCUGCACCGCCCCGUACGCAUGGCAUGCCAAGCCGAGGCCGACCAAUGGACAUUCAUCCAGUCCCCCACACCUGUGCAGAAAUUCUGGGGCAAGAGCGCAGAACUAAACACCGAAGGGCGCGUGCGCGUCUUCCUCCACGCAUCCGGCGAACACUACUCCUGGACCAUCGCAACCUCGUACCUGCGCAACGUCAUCGCAGGAGAAAAGUACCUCGAGCCCAGCGGCACAAUGAGCAUCACAAACGAAACCACCGGCGCAAAAGCACUCUGCACAUUCAAAGCAGGCGGCAUGUUCGCAGGCCGCAGCGAGGAAGUCAGCGUCCAGGUCUCCGACGCUACAGGCGCCAUCCUCCCCAUGGGCGCAACCGGGAAAUGGACAUCAGACUUACAACUCACUUCCAACGGCCAGCCCACCGGCACCACCGUCUGGAAAGCAGGACCCCUCGUCGACAAGGCGGAGAAACACUACGGACUUACUUCCUUCGCCGCGGCGCUUAAUCAAAUCACCUCCAUCGAAGACGGACGCAUGGCGGCUACGGACUCGCGGCUUCGUCCCGACCAGCGCGCGCUUGAAGACGGCGAUCUGGAUAAAGCGGAGGCGCUGAAGGCAAGGCUUGAGGAGCGCCAGCGCGCUAGGAGGAAGGUACUAGAGGAUCAGGGCGAGGAGUGGAAACCCCGCUGGUUUACUAGGCUGGGGGUUGAGGAGGCGGCGGCGCUGGGCGAUGAUGAGGUUUGGAGGCUUAGGGGGGGGCGGGAGGGGUAUUGGGAGUGUAGGGAGCGUGGGGAGUGGGAGGGCGUGGGGGAUGUGUUUCAGACGUAG